AUGCGCUUGUCCGCCCUUUUCGUCCUCCUCGCUUCGGCUGCUGGAUCGGUCAUGGCUCACAUGGAGAUGAUUGACCCGUUCCCCAUUCUCUCGCCUGCCAACCCUGCGGUCAGCUGGGAAGUCAAGAACUACAACAUGAUGGCGCCGUUGACGUGGUCGGGGGAUGAUCUGCCAUACCCUUGCAAGGGGUACCUGAUGACUGCUCCAGCAAAGGUGGGUCUCCUGUCUGAGUCAAGGCAUAAUCAAGCUGAUCGACAGGAACGGAUAUCUCAAAAGACCUGGCCAGCGGGCUCCUCCCAAUCUGUUACUCUCGGCCCAAACGGCGCGACCCACCGGGGCGGCUCAUGUCAACUCUCCCUCUCCUACGACUAUGGCCGCACCUGGCAGGUCAUUCUCUCCAUCAUGGGCGGCUGCCCUACCGACACCCACAGAAUGGACUUUGUCCUUCCAUCCGAGGCCCCCUCGGGCGAGGCGGUAUUCUCGUGGUCGUGGUUCAACCACCAGGGGAAUCGGGAGAUGUAUCAAAACUGCGCCAUCAUCACGGUCACGGGCGGCGGGGAUGGGUUGUCGCCGGCCGACUACCCGCCUCCGUUUGUCGCCAACGCAGGGGUGAACAAGUGUUCAACGGUGGAAGGGGUGGAUCCGGUGUUCCCGAACCCGGGGAAGAAUGUGCGGUUUGGA